AUGUGGAGCGUUAUUCGUCGGCAUCAGGGCCUCGCACCCAACAAAUCACCGGUGCGCCAUGAUAGUCCAUACAGCGCGCAUCAGCACUGUAUUCAGCUCCAUGCAGUGCGGCCUGAUGUCCCGUACAUGAGCCCCACUGCCUUCAGCAAAGCCUACGGUGAGUUUCUAUACGUCAAGAUCCGCCGGUGGCUGCUUGACGAGCGCAUCGAUGUGCGCCUGCAGGCGGUGGAGCAUCUCGUGGAGCUCUACAAGGAGAAGCGUGAGCACUGCGUGCAAAGCCUCGCGUAUGACAUGCUGCCCAUCCUUCUCUCGACCCUUGAGAAGGACGAAAGUACCGCCUUGCGUGAGCGGGCUGGAAUGGCACUAGAGCUACUCGUGCGCGAGCUCCAGACUCAACGUCUGUUGCUCAAAGGAGAUUUCACCGAAGACGCACCCUUUUCCCUAUCUGCAGGGAAGCAGACGUCGCCGCUGCCACAUCUUGGAGCUAUUCUCGCUUCUCUGCGGGAUGAGAGGGAUGAAGUGGUUGUUGCGGGUCUUCGGGUUGUUUUGGCGUGCCAUAUGUGGCAAAACUCAUUCGCGGUGACUGCUGCGUUGGUGCAAGGGGGGCUCAUUUCUGUGCUGAUUGGCCUCACUCAAUCGACAAACAUCUCCGCGCAGACUUUGGCCUGCUCUGCGAUGCGGCAGGUUUUUCAGGUCAAGGAGGCGCACGUGGAGUUCCUCAAGCUCGGCGGUGUGGUAGCGCUCACUGAGGCAAUCGCCAACACCGAUGCGUUAGCGCUUGUCGCAGAGGCGGCUGAGGUCGCUUCUUUGAUUGCCGAGUACGCACAAGGGAGGCGCGAUGCCGUGGCCUGUGGCACACUUGCCAUCCUUUUCCCACAUCUGCCCAACCCUAACUUGACCCUGCGAGUCGCUGUGUAUAGUGCUGCUGCCCAAAUCACUGUGCUGGAGGCGGCGAAGAUACAGGCCACAGAAGUGGGCUACCCGGAGCAGCUUGUUCGCGAGAUGGCCAGCGAAGAUGAGCGCGACGUCCUCACCCACAUGCUGCGGCUCAUUUACAACUUGGCAGAGUGGCCAACCGCGCGCCUCACGUUGCGGGCAUGUCUGCCACGCAUUUCGGAGUUGAUGCGAAUCGUCGAGGACGACGACGCCGUCGUCUUCGCCUUGUCCCAGGCAGAGAAGAUCCUCAAGAAGAAAGUGCUUCCGGUGUGA